GCUUCUUUCAUCUGGGUCGUCGUUGUCUCAAACUCCGCCCUCACAAACUCGAAGAGCCACGGCACCGUUCAAAACUUGUUCGUCGAGCUCUGCUUCCUCUCUUGCUUCAUUCCUUCGCUGCCUUCUUCUUCCUUUUUUGUGCUCCCUUCCACACCAUCACAUUCGCACUCCACAUCACGUACGUCAGAAGAGAAGACCUCCUGCUUCUUCUUCCUCUGUGCAUCUGCUGUGCUCCCGCCCAUCACCCCCGGUCCUUCUCAAAUUGGCUACUCAAGCAGUCAGUCCAGUCGACGGGCCCUCAAUUCCCCCCGUAAAUAUUCUUUAUGAUCAUAUGUUAUUCGUGUCUAACUGUCUCCAUUCUUCUAACCAUUAAAUUUGUACCAUGUCGAUUUGCUGGAAUUGAACACCAAAAUACGAAAAGUCGUGUGCAUUUCUCGUUGCUGGAUAGUAGACAAGAAAAUGACACUAAUCACUUUGAGAUAGCAGAAGCAAAGUUCCAGAAACCCCACAAUGAGGAAAACACAAUAGGUACGAUUACAAAAUUUGCUCCAUCGGUACAAGAACAACACAGUUCUGCGGUAAUUCCAAUGCCCCACUUUGACCAGAACCGGCUUGAGCAAGCUCUUCGGAUCAAGGGCUCAAUUGAUGGAACCGAAGAGGCUUUGUACAGGUCUCUACUAGAUCAUACUGUUUACGAAAAAGAUGUGAGGCCAUGUAUACAUCACUCUCAACCAACAAAUGUCACAUUUGGAUUUCUUCUCAAUCAGAUUGUGGAAAUGGAUGAACGAAAUCAAGCUCUAACAACCAGAAGCUGGCUGAAUAUCAAUUGGAUGGAUCCUCGAUUAUCGUGGAAUGAAAGCCUUUGGUCUGAAAUUAAAGCAAUAUAUAUUCCACAUGCAAGAAUCUGGAAACCCGAUAUAAUUCUGGUAAACAACGCUAUCCGAGAAUACUAUGCAUCCCUCGUCUCCACCGAUGUAAUGGUCACAAGUGACGGAAACGUGACAUGGCUGUUUUCCGCACUAUUUAGGAGUUCUUGUCCAAUACGGGUUCGAUAUUAUCCAUUCGAUGAUCAACAAUGUGAUCUGAAAUUUGCCUCCUGGUCCCAUGAUAUCACAGAAAUCAAUCUCGGGUUGAACACGGACAAAGGGGAUUUGUCAAGUUAUAUGAACAACAGCGAAUUUGAUCUUGUGGAUAUGACGGCUGUUCGAGAAGUUGUUACAUUUCCAUCGGAUACUAAUAGUGAUUGGCCAAUAAUUGUGAUACGAAUACAUAUGCAUAGACGUCCUUUGUUCUACGUAUUUAAUCAUAUUGUUCCUUGCGUUCUUAUUUCAUCAAUGGCAGUUCUUGGUUUCCUGAUGCCCCCGGAAACCGGCGAGAAAAUUAACAUGAUCAUAACAACUUUGCUCUCCAUGGGUGUGUAUCUGCAGUCAAUCACUGAGUCAAUACCCCCAACAUCCGAAGGUGUUCCAUUAAUUGGAAUGUAUUACGUAUCUUCUCUUCUUAUGGUUUGCCUAGCAACAUGCGUAAAUGUAAUCACUCUUAACAUGCACAGGAAUGGUGCAGCUAAUCAGGGAAGGCACGUGCCUGCGUGGAUGCAGAAGUGGAUUCUGGGGUACUUGGCCACUUUCAUGAGAAUGUCAAUAAGAGAACCCGAUAGUAUAGCAUUGCUAAAAGCGUCACAGAGCAAAAAGUCAACUAUUCGGAGAAGCUCAAUACUUCGAGAUUUGAAAAGGGUGAAAAAUAUGUCAAACGUUAGAGCAAAAUCAAAAGAGCAAAAUGCAAAUCGAGAGUGCGAGUGCAUGGACCCACUUGUGCAUAUCUACGCAGAGUCCAUCAUGAGCUGCCUGGCAGCAGACACAAAACCUAUGAACGGGUCAACUAUUAGAGAAGAUUUUGCAAGUGAAAGCACAUUUCUUGGACGCGUUGUUAGUGAUGGCAUAAUGCCAAGAAUAAGUGCUUCAUCCAACUCUGUGCUGACAGAAUUCGAAACAAGAUUUAGACGGAUAUUAAAAAGGGUUUACCGAAGUCUUCAGCAACAUGAAAUACGAGAAGAAAUUCUUGACGAAAGAUCUCGAAUUCAAUGGCAGUGGCAACAACUUGCAUCUGUCGUUGAUCGACUUUUACUAUGUCUUUUUUGCACUGCAACACUGUUCACAAUCAUCUGCCUCCUAAUUGUACCUGUAGCAUACCGUGAUAACGACUCAAUGUUGUCAUUCCUCAAUUUUUUCUGAUUAUCAAAUACUUGUUUACAUGUUCUUAAUGAAAUUUGCGAAUUAUG